GUCUGCAACAUGUGGUUUAUGGCAUGGACCCAAUGUGCCUUGGUUUAUGACACCCUGUUGUCUUUGUCUGGACGGUCUCCGAUCAUAACGAGAUAAUCGAUUUGUGAUGAACAAAGGUGCAAUUUAACACCUAUGCUGCAACACAGAGUGUCAAAACUGGUGUAACAAUUAAAUAAAUCAAUAACAUUAAUCGAUAAAAUUUAUUUAAUGUGUAACAAGGUUAGUUUUUUUAGACAUAUAGAGGUUACUACAUGCAUACAGUAGAAACUCGGGUCAUUUAGCAGGUGCGCGUGACGUCACUCGUCAACGUUCGUAUACCGGUGAUAGACGUUUACCAGGGGAGAUUACUGCGGCCGUGUGGCUGUGAACAACAACAACAACAAUUAACAACAUGGAUAAAGUAACGCUACAGAAAACAAUACAUUGCUACCUUUAUGGCGCACUGCGUGUGAUUAAUGUUUAAUUUAACGUUGCAUUUAAUUAUUGAGCGAUACAACUACUGGUUUCAACUGCUCCAAAAUAAAUAUCAUGGCAGACAGUGAAAGUCUUAGCAGUCUUGUUGUGGUAGUACUGGAUACAAACCCUGCCUGGUGGGGGCGCAUGAACAAGAAUCAAGAAAAACAGCUGACAUUAUCCAAAUGUUUGGAUAGUUUAAUGGUAUUUGCCAAUUCUCAUCUGAUGAUGCAUCACAUGAACAAGCUGGCCAUCAUAAGUGCACACUCAAAUGCUAGCUUCUUUCUGUAUCCUAAAAGAUCGAGCAAUGAAAAUGUUCAAGCAGUGAAUGGAGAUGAGAGCCAUGAUGGGAAAUAUGAAUUAUUUGAAAGAAUGAAUGAAGACGUUAAGACUGAAAUUAAAGAUCUGGUGCUAAACAGUGUGGAAGUUGAGUUUGAGAAUGACUCACUGAUAGCGGGUGCCCUCUCCAUGUCAUUAUGCUACAUUCACAGAAUGGAGAAAGAGUGCCCUGUGGGGAUCAAGCUUUCAGCUAGGGUGCUGGUGAUAAAAGCUGCUGAUGACAACCCUGCUCAGUAUAUGAACUUCAUGAACUCAGUGUUCACAGCUCAGAAACAGAAUGUAGUUAUAGAUGCCUGCAUUUUGGAAUCCGACUCUGGACUAUUGCAGCAGGCCUGUGAUAUCACAGGAGGCAUGUACCUGAAGAUCCCUCAGCCUGCUGGCCUACUGCAGUACCUACUGUGGGUGUACCUGCCUGAUCCCGUGUCUCGAGAGAAGCUGAACCUUCCCCCCAGGGUACAGGUGGACUACAGGGCAGCCUGCUUCUGUCAUAGGAACCUCAUAGACAUUGGAUAUGUGUGCUCCGUGUGCCUCUCAAUUUUCUGCAACUUUAGUCCAAUCUGCUCCACCUGCCAAACCACGUUCAAGAUAAUGGCACCUCCAAAGCUGGCAAAGAAGAAAUCGAAGAAGGCUGCAGGUUGAUACUGGUUACCGUGGACACUGUGGUUACCAUGGAUAUGGUUACAGUUCGUAUGUGCAGUGAUUACGGGGCUGGUCAAGUGUUUCUAUAUUAGCAUGGAUGUUGAUAUUCCAUGUAUGACUUAUCUGAUGAGGGUAAUUGUAUUUUUGAACAAGUAAAUUUUACCUGUCCACAUGUCUAAGGACAAGGAAUGAAAACCGUGUAGGAGAUGGAAAUGAAUUAUCUUAAUAUGAUAUAGACGAUACUUUUACUGUUGCUUGCGGCUGAGUAGCACUUUUCAAUGAACUCGUCCAUAAAUAGCUAAGGUACGAAAUGUUGAUAUUUAAAAAUUGCUGAUAUGUUAAAUUUCCUACUCCCAAUAGCAUGUAGUGAAAAGUAAGGAUUUAACUUGCCUAGAUUUCUACUCGCAGAAUGCAAUGAUCACUGAAACUACCUGGUUUCUAUACAUUCUAUAUUGUUACUUAUAAUGUAUUAUUGCUUACACGUGUUCAGCCUGUC